AUGAAUGUACUAGAUGGGUUAUGUGCUCCGAUAGAGCGCGGUAACAGAGAGAAGUUCGUGUGUGAAGCUGAGGACGUUAUAUUCUUCAAGUUCUGUGAGUGCGAGGCUGACGUACAGGCUCCUGACGAUACGGCAGCCACUUUCAAACCAGAGUUCACACAUCAGGUAUUUGGAGACCAGGAAGUGAUAUUCGGUUACAAGGGUCUGAAGAUCAACAUCUACUACACUGUUGGGUCCCUCAAACAGUAUGUCAAGGUUCAACACUCGGAAACGGUACCAGUGAAUAGCACGGUGGAGCCCGACAACGUGCUUCACUUGAUAAGCGAACAGACCCCCGCUGGAUUCACCACUAACUACAAUGAGUUUAUCAUGGACAUGAACAAAGAUAAGAGUUUCAGGCCUCCUGGUGACCUCAUAACAUCCUAUAAACAGGACGAAAAAACGUUCGAGAUAUUCCACGCCACAUUCGCAAAUCCAAAGUUCCAGGAUUAUCACAGCAGACUGCAGACCUUCAUUAUAUGGUACAUUGACGCCGCUAGUUAUAUUGAUGAUGAGGACCACAACUGGAACCUUUAUACUUUGUUCGAGAGGGUAACUUCGUGCGGUGAAACAAGGUACAAAAGUAUAGGGUUCCUCUCCUGCUACAACUACUACUGCUACCCAAACAAAAAGAGACCCCGGAUAAGUCAAGUUCUAGUUCUGCCGCCGUAUCAGAAGUGUGGGCAUGGUGCCAAGCUUCUUACUGCCAUGUACGAACACUCUUGUGCGGACCCGCUCGUCUGUGAUAUCACUGUUGAGGAUCCCUCUGAGAAUUUUACUCGGCUUAGGAAUUUUGUGGAUGCUCUAAAGUGCAGUUCACUGCCCUCUUUUCAGCCAGACAAGCUUAAAGAUGGCUUUUCAGAGGAAAUGGUGGCAGAAGCAGGUGUAAAGUACAAGAUAACAGCGGUUCAAGUUAGGAAAAUCUACGAGUUAUUGAGACUACGAGCUACAGAUGUAUCUAAAGCUGAGGAAUACAAAAAAUACAGAUUAGAAGUGAAGAGGAGACUUAAUAUUCCAUUCCAAAAAGAAAAGAAGUCUCUUCAGAAGUUGGAAAAAUUCCUGCAGCCCCAGGAGUAUGAGGCAGUCCUGCAAUCUAAAUCAGUGGACAACCAGCACGAGUUCCUUGAGAAGUCGUACCGAGACGUGGAACUGGAGUAUAGGAAAGUAAUCGAGCGGCUCAGUGCACAUGUUGAGGUUUAGCGAAGUCAGAGCAUGGUUUUACAUGCAUAACAUUUAACCCUGUACUGAGAUACGAGAUAUAUAAGAUAUCGUCAGAAUAUAAAAUACGCAGAUAGUCCUUCGUUGGAACAUGGUAUUUGUUGCGAUUAAAUUGUGAACUAUGAGCUCGUUGCAAUCAUAUUUAUUGAACAUCAAGUCAAGAGCACAGCAGCUCUGAAUUUUAACUUCAUUAACUUUUUAAUUCGCAAUUUUUAUUUGAUAAAUUUCUAUAUAUGAUGACACAUGUUGUGUACUUAAAGUGCGAAGAGUGAGCGUGACGAUUAAGUAGUAGUUGUUUCAUUAAAUUGAGUUUUUCUCACGUGUACCGGUUUGUUUUUAUUCGACUGAAUGUAUUUGUUUACACACAGCUCAAGUAAUGCUGAUUGACUUUCAAAUGUGUUUUUCUAAUUUUCUCGUUAUAUUUCUAUCAUUUGAUCUAAUUUGGGAAUGCUAAGCGAGUUGCUAUUUCCUUACAUAGUUUCAGACUCAGAAAUACGACAUGAGUACGAUGUAAGCCUCAUUGAAGAAUGAAAUCCUCAUCAAAUCCUCUGUAAAUAUUAUGAGCUAAUAUUGCAUGAAACAAAAUGUGUCUCCAAAUUGGUAUUGACAGGCUAGGCUGCUACAUUUAGUGGGAUUAUAACUAAUCAGUAACUUGGUAUUAUAUCUGUGUUUUAUGAUUUUGUUGGCAAUUUAAAAUCAGUCUAUCUAUUUACAUACUACGAUAGUCUGAAUUUUAACAGUAUUUUUCCAUAGGCAUGUGCAAUGUUCAUUCGAGAGUACCCACAGGACACAUUGUGGGUAGAAAUAUUUACCCAUGACAUGUUUUGGGAUUUUUUACAGCGAAACACCUCGACAGAAUGGUUCAGUAAGUUUCCAAUUUUCUAAUAUUAUGACGAACACCAGUGUCCUGUCUAUAUUAAUAGAAUCUGCUACCUGGGCAGUGAUAACAGAUAAGAUGCAACUAAUCGACCUUUUGUUGCUAGUUUUAAAGUCAGCUUUGGUCCAUCUACUGUAACACCAUUUACCAUGAAUUUCAGAGCUUUGAAAAUACCUUAGGCAUGAUUUUCGUUCUUGGAAAUCAGGUGUGGCAUGCAGUAUGCACUAAAUUUUGAUAUGUGGCAACAUUCGAUAAGUUGUCACAGUGAAAUUAUACAGAUACUGGAAAACGCAGCGACAUUGAUAUAGUGAAAGGAAAGCCAGCAGCAUAAAGGCUGCGCGUGACCCGGCGCGGCGCGCGGCGCACACAACACUGCGCUGCAUGCAUAUCGUGUACUCCACUAUUAUAUAUCACAUCAUCGUUAAUAUUAUAUACAUGAUAUAUAAUAUAUAUAUAUAUAUAUCACAUCGUUUAUUGAUUACAAUUAUCUGGCUUGCUUCCAUCAACAGCGACUAAUGCGUGUUAAGACUUUAACUUAAAACUGUUUGAGAGAAAAUUUAAAGAAAAUACCGAAUCAUUCCUCCGUGGUAGGUAUAUAUCAUUGGUUACGGGGAAUACGGGCUCCUUCUAUCGUUGCUUCUCCAAACUCGAUAACUUUGCUUUUAAGUUUUACCGUUUUGUAAAUCUUAUUCAUAAGAUUUAGCAAGCAAACUUGAACAUUAAGUUAAGCGCACAGCCAACUAAGGAUAUCACGCCGUGAAACUAUUCUUAAUACUAUUCAUUCAUAAUAAAGUUCUAAACACUUUUCUAUAGUUUAAGACAUGUAUCAAGAACUGAUAUACUGAUGAUGGUCUAAAAAGAGGCUUAGAAGGUAACUUCUAGCAUGCCCAGCAAUGACUCAGAUGCGGGAGGAUCGUCCGAAAGUGAGGUGAUAUUCGAGGAUAACGGCGACUACAUCGAAACAAAUCUCAUAACCGAGGAAGAUUUAAA